UAUACCUUUAAAGAUGGUCCCGAUGAUACAGGCGAGAUGUUUGACCGGCCCGGCAAGCUGUCCGACUACUUCCCAAAUCCUUACAAGAAUGAAGAGGAAGCUAGAUUAGCCAACAAUGGUGCUUUACCUCCAGACCUGAGUUAUAUGGCUUUAGCACGUCAUGGUGGAGAAGAUUAUGUUUAUGCAUUAUUGACUGGGUACUGUGACGCACCUGCUGGGGUGGAGGUCCGUGAAGAAUUAUACUAUCACCCUUACUUCCCUGGACAAGCUAUAGCCAUGGCUCCUGCACUUUAUAAUGAAAUUAUUGAAUAUGAUGAUGGCACCCCAGCUACACUAAGUCAACUUGCUAAGGAUGUCUGCACCUUCCUAAGAUGGGCUGCAGAACCUGAACAUGAUCAGCGUAAAUUAAUGGGAAUGAAGAUGUUAAUGAUUAUGUCAGUGCUAGUUAGUGUAGCCUUCUAUGUGAAGAAAACAAAAUGGUCCGUGCUUAAAUCAAGAAAGAUUGCCUACAAGCCACCGGCAUAAUUUCUUAAGGAGAGUGAAUAUUGUAGACAGAGUUUGUGUUUGAGCCAACAUUGUUAAUAGUGGAAUGACAGGAAGACACAAUUCCAUCAUUUCUAAAGAAAGUUCAUAUUAUUACAUACACCUAUUAUGUCCACUGUGGCAUAAAUCCUGUAUAUUUACAUCAGAGCAAUAUAAAUUGUAUGUAAAAAAAAUUACUUGAUGAUUGUUGUCACUUGGAUUUUAUCAGUUUGCCAUAUUUGUUUUACUGUUAAUGAAAUCAUAUUAAAUCCAAUCCAAGUCCAAACACAAACUUAAUUUUUAAGCAUAUACUUAAAAAAUUCUAUAUAAUUUUGUGGAUGAACUGAUGUCGACUGAGAACACUUGCUUUGCCAGUUAAUUACCAGGUGAAUGAUACAGUAUACAAUACCUACAGCUUCUUGUACUUUAUUUAUUAUUUGUCUAUUUUAUUUCUAUAGCAACCGAAUUCAAAGUGUUUGAAUUGGUAAUGUUGCUUUUUCUCAGUUCAUGUAAACUCUACUACAUAUUUUGGCUGUUGGCUGCUACACACCUAGAAUAAUCUAUAUUAUUAUUUCUCAAUUCUUCAAUGUUUUUACUGAAUUCGCUGUCAAAAACAUACAGAAGUGUACAGAAUUAGUGAUUGCAAUAAAGGGAAAGUUUGGUGUUAAAAUAA